GGUUCGUCGCCCGCAAACGUAGUUCAACUCGCUGCCCCGAGCGAACAUCGUCAAACGACGGGGAUUCAGCCAGAGAGCGGAUUUUCCCUUAUACCACGAGUCGGAAAACUGUCGAAGUUUCCCGCCGCGCUCCGGAAAAAGUUUUCCUUAGCUUUCAGAGCCGAGUCGGUUGUUUCAUAGACUUUACCUUGUUUUCUUUGAUUCUCGAUGGCGCGUCAUCGAUGGUAACAGACAGGUUUGGUUACAGAACUUCUGGUUAUGAAGAUUAUACUGAUAUGAACCACACCUUACCACCCACAUUCGAAAUGACCAACUACAGCUACUGCGACUUAGAAGACUUCAGAACUCACUACCAAAAGCACAUCCACGGCUACCUCAGUCUCACAGUUUGUAUUUUCGGAUCCCUAGCAAAUAUUUUCAACAUUUGCGUCUUGAGAACCAAACAUAUGAGGUCACCUACCAACUAUAUCCUCACUGGUCUAGCCAUAGCAGACCUCCUAGUAAUGUUGGAGUACAUUCCUUUUACUAUUCACCGAAAUCUACCUCCAAAUCCCUUGUAUUAUUCUCAUUUUAGUUAUUCUUGGGCUAUAUAUUACAAGUUCCAUGCUUCAUUUACUUUGAUUCUCCAUUUCAUAGCUUGCUGUCUCACUAUUUUACUGGCAAUAUGGAGGUACGUGUUUGUAUCAAGGUUACAGGCCAGCAAAAUUUGCUCAGAUGAAACUACAACUGUUAUUUGUAUCAUGCUGACUUACUUGGCCUGCUCUUUAGUUUGCUGCCCGAUGAUUCCUUUCUUAAAAAUCAUAACCUACGAACAACGAUGUGAUAGAACGGGUAUUAUAAUAGAAAACAAAGACAGUUACAAAUAUAACUCUUCAGAAUUUUAUAACUACACAAUUUAUCUUCUUUCUCCUAAUGAUCCCUUAAAAUUAAGCGUCUGGGUUUACAGUGUACUUCUCAAAUUAGUUCCUUGUGCAUUGCUGACUGUACUUUCAUACAAAAUCAUAUCUGCCCUGAUUGAAACAAGGAGAAGAAGAUUGAAGCUGUUGGGGUGUAACAUGGAAGCUAUGGAGAAGAAUACGAAAAGUCAUACCAUUCAGUUGUACAAGGAGAAUCAGUCGGACAGGACUACGAAAAUGUUACUGGCUGUGUUGAUCUUGUUCUUGGUGACUGAGUUUCCUCAAGGAAUACUGGGACAAAUCAGUGCAUUGAAAGGGGACGUGUUCUUGAAGGAAUGUUAUAAUAGUCUAGGUGAAAUCAUGGACAUUUUGGCCUUGAUAAAUUCAUCGAUCAACUUCAUCCUGUAUUGCACGAUGUCCCGUCAGUUCCGAGUGACAUUCGAGGAGAUGUUUCGCAUCAAAGCCAUCACCAACUGGUUCUACAUGAAACGUACCAGCAACAGGAACCUGCAGGAGGAACACGCUGUAGAGACGAAGACUUCGCUGGUAUAGCAGCUACAGAUGGUUAGUGUUUUAUAGAAGAAUGACGAACUGAACACUAUAAACACUUAUUCGGAUGUGAACACUUCGGUGCUGUGAACUUUAUUAAAAAGUCUAAAGAACUAAAAAAAAUAUUUCAUAUCGAAUCACAUAUAAUUUUGAUGUACUAUAUUUUUGGUUCUGGGAAUGGGACCCACUACAAAUUUAAGUUAACUUAGGGCAUACCAAAAAUACCGUAUGAUAAAAAGAAAACGGCGUCAAAGACGA